CUGGCUUUGAUUUCGCUUCCUUAGUUUUUCCGCAAUGAAAACACAAACUUUAAAUAAAAAUACAUAUUUUAUUUCCCUUGUUCUCUUUUUUUGCUCUUCAAUAUUUUCCUUUUUCGAUUUUAUCUCACUACUUUUAUUUUUAUUACUCGAAAUGCGCGCUACCGCAAUUUACGCCUGCAUAGCCGAAAACCCUGGCGAGAUAACCUUUAACGCCACAGACGCACUCUCAUACGUCACAGAUUCUGCGGAGGAUGGCUGGCUGGUCGCCACAGUGGACCGCACGUCCGACCGCGGUCUCUUCCCUGUGGUCUACACUGAACUGUACCCCGAAACAGGCGACGACCUUGUUUUUCUCAGAAAACUCCAGCAAGCCGGACUGCUGUCAUCUACCCUCCGCUUAGAGCAAUUCAUCACUGUUCCCACAGUGCCUGUCGUGCCCGCCAAACCAGCAUCACUGAAACUUAUUUCUGCUAAAAAGGUGCCUCCGCCAGUGACUGCGCCCAAACCAAAAAUGACACCGAGAUCUUCAUCCACCAGCGUGCAGUAUCCGAAUAUGGCACCUGCGCUGCCAAUCAAGCCCCUUGCAGUUGACCGGAGCAGCCCUGAAUCCAGGCAUGAGCGCGAGCGCGAGGCUGCACAGCAGUGGGAGGCCCAGCAUGGAAUCAAACACCAAGCCAAACUACCACCACCAUCAAUUUCUGCAAAGCCCUCGCGUCCACUUGGUGCCAGAGAUGCUUUGCCGCCCACAUUGCCCGCCAGAUCCCCCUCGACCUCCUCCAGCAGCACGCAGUCUCUGAAUGCACACACAUUGCACACCCCAAGCAUUAGCCCUGCUACAGCCAACGAUGCCCCAGCGUUGCCCUUCAGCAUCCACCGCCAGGCUUCCAUGCUCUCUGCCGCCCCCAUUAUUCCUGUUGAGAAGAACAUCCAGCCGUCGCCCAAGGUGCUCAUCAGCCAGCUUAACCGCAUGGGCUUUGAGGAUAACUUUGACCCGAAACCAUUUAAACCGCAGCCCGCAUUGCUCAAUGCAACUCUUGCUCGAAGUAUUCCUCCUAGUACACAUGAGCCUCCUUCUUCUCGGCCGCCGAUGCCGAUGCCACUGCCAUUGUCGCCGUCGCCUGCGCCGUCUGUGGGCUCCGCUGGCAUCCAGCUGACGGCCGCCCGGCAUGUCCAAGGCACUCCCCGUGUGACCCGACCGGCACCGCCUCCUCCGCGCCCACCCGCCUCACGCAAACAGUCUGUGCCCGUCUCUGCCUACGCGCAACCACCCAUAACAGCCACACAAGCCAGCAGCAUCAACAUUAUCCCCCAAGACGCACGCAUCCGGUACUCGCAUUUGUUCGCAAGACUGAAUAAGGAAUACGGCCAAAAGAAGUUUCUCACGACUGAGCAAGUGGCCACUGUGGUGAGGCUGUGUAGAUUACCUGAUGAGCAGAUGUCUAGGAUCUGGGUGUUGUCCGAUCGCCAACUUAAUGGCCAAUGGGGGCCUGGCGAAUUCAACAUUAUUAUGUACUUGACUGAUUGCGCACUAAAUCAUGAACCAAUUCCAGAAACCUUGUCUGUCGAGUUGUUGCAUUCGGCAUACAAUUAACAAGCAAAUAAAAAACAAUUUGUCU